AUGUCUUCAACAACAUCAGUUGAAAAAUCAACACUGUCCUUGUCCACAACAGGAAAAAAAACAAGAGAGCCUGAAAGCUCUACAGAGGGACAAAGUACAAGGACAAUAACAACAUCAGAAACCUCAAUUGCACCCAUUACAAAAACGCUUGCAACAAACACUGGCCAACCAUCUUCAGAAUCAUCAGCUCCAAUCGUGGUCUCCACAUCUUCAAAAUCAUCUACAGCUACUCAAACAACUGGACAACCAACAACAACUGAGACUGUAACUGAAAAUGAACUGACCACAGCACAGACACCUCUCUCCAGCACCACCAGGCCACCAAAAGUGGGUACGACUGCUCUAACAAACCAACCAACGACAACAGCAACAACCACUUUAGAAGAGGUAACUGGCACAUCAUCUGAAACAUCUACAAGCACGGCUCUGCCAGUGUCACAAACUUCAGUGCCAGUGGUUACAUCCACACAACCAACAACACAGACAAAAUCAACUGCUGUCGCAGUCACUACCCUUGUGUACACAACAGUGAGCGCAGAAUCAUCCACUGGGUCUGAGGUUACCACUCAAGGUCCUUCUGCAACAACAAAACCACUCAAAGCUGAAACAACUCUUUCCACCACCACACAAGCCCUCCCAUCCACUACUCUCAUCAUUGAGGAAGGAAGCACCACUGCCCGACCAUCUUCAGAAUCAUCGACUCCAAUCUUAGUCCCCACAACUUCAAAAUCAUCUACAGCUACUCAAACAACUGGACAGCCAACAACAACCGAGACUGUGACUGAAAAUGAACUGACCACAGCUCAGACACCUCUCUCCAGCACCACCAGGCCACCAAAAGUGGGUACGACUGCCCUAACAAACCAACCAACGACAACAGCAACAACCACUUUAGAAGAGGUAACUGGCACAUCAUCUGAAACAUCUACAAGCACGGCUCUGCCAGUGUCACAAACUUCAGUGCCAGUGGUUACAUCCACACAGCCAACAACACAGACUAAAACAACUGCUGUCCCAGUCACUACCCUUGUGUACACAACAGUGAGCGCAGAAUCAUCCACUGGGUCUGAGGUUACCACUCAAGGUCCUUCCGCAACAACAAAACCACUCAAAGCUGAAACAACUCUUUCCACCACCACACAAGCCCUCCCAUCCACUACUCUCAUCAUUGAGGAAGGAAGCACCACUGCCCGACCAUCUACAGAAUCAUCGGCUCCAAUUUUAGUCCCCACAACUUCAAAAUCAUCUACAGCUACUCAAACAACUGGACAGCCAACAACAACCGAGACUGUGACUGAAAAUGAACUGACAACAGCUCAGACACCUCUCUCCAGCACCACCAGGCCACCAAAAGUGGUGAGCGCAGAAUCAUCCACUGGGUCUGAGGUUACCACUCAAGGUCCUUCUGCAACAACAAAACCACUCAAAGCUGAAACAACUCUUUCCACCACCACACAAGCCCUCCCAUCCACUACUCUCAUCAUUGAGGAAGGAAGCACACUCUCAGACACCUCUCUCCAGCACCACCAGGCCACCAAAGUGGGUACGACUGCCCUAACAAACCAACCAACGACAACAGCAACAACCACUUUAGAAGAGGUAACUGGCACAUCAUCUGAAACAUCUACACGCACGGCUCUGCCAGUGUCACAAACUUCAGUGCCAGUGGUUACAUCCACACAGCCAACAACACAGACUAAAACAACUGCUGUCCCAGUCACUACCCUUGUGUACACAACAGUGAGCGCAGAAUCAUCCACUGGGUCUGAGGUUACCACUCAAGGUCCUUCCGCAACAACAAAACCACUCAAAGCUGAAACAACUCUUUCCACCACCACACAAGCCCUCCCAUCCACUACUCUCAUCAUUGAGGAAGGAAGCACCACUGCCCGACCAUCUUCAGAAUCAUCAGCUCCAAUCUUAGUCCCCACAACUUCAAAAUCAUCUACAGCUACUCAAACAACUGGACAGCCAACAACAACCGAGACUGUGACUGAAAAUGAACUGACCACAGCUCAGACACCUCUCUCCAGCACCACCAGGCCACCAAAAGUGGGUACGACUGCCCUAACAAACCAGCCAACGACUACAGUAACAACCACUUCAGAAGAAGUAACUGGUACAUCAUCUGAAACAUCUACAAGCACGGCUCUGCCAGUGUCACAAACUUCAGUGCCAGUGGUUACAUCCAAACAGCCAACAACACAGACUAAAACAACUGUUGUCCCAGUCACUACCCUUGUGUACACAACAGUGAGCGCAGAAUCAUCCACUGGGUCUGAGGUUACCACUCAAGGUCCUUCUGCAACAACAAAACCACUCAAAGCUGAAACAACUCUUUCCACCACCACACAAGCCCUCCCAUCCACUACUCUCAUCAUUGAGGAAGGAAGCACAACUGUCCGACCAUCUUCAGAAUCAUCAGCUCCAAUCUUAGUCCCCACAACUUCAAAAUCAUCUACAGCUACUCAAACAACAGGACAGCCAACAACAACUGAGAUUGUAACUGAAAAUGAACUGACCACAGCUCAGACACCUCUCUCCAGCACCACCAGGCCACCAAAAGUGGGUACGACUGCCCUAACAAACCAACCAACGACAACAGCAACAACCACUUUAGAAGAGGUAACUGGCACAUCAUCUGAAACAUCUACAAGCACGGCUCUGCCAGUGUCACAAACUUCAGUGCCAGUGGUUACAUCCACACAGCCAACAACACAGACUAAAACAACUGCUGUCCCAGUCACUACCCUUGUGUACACAACAGUGAGCGCAGAAUCAUCCACUGGGUCUGAGGUUACCACUCAAGGUCCUUCCGCAACAACAAAACCACUCAAAGCUGAAACAACUCUUUCCACCACCACACAAGCCCUCCCAUCCACUACACUCAUCAUUGAGGAAGGAAGCACCACUGCCCGACCAUCUUCAGAAUCGUCGACUCCAAUCUUAGUCCCCACAACUUCAAAAUCAUCUACAGCUACUCAAACAACUGGACAGCCAACAACAACCGAGACUGUGACUGAAAAUGAACUGACCACAGCUCAGACACCUCUCUCCAGCACCACCAGACCACCAAAAGUGGGUACGACUGCCCUAACAAACCAACCAACGACAACAGCAACAACCACUUUAGAAGAGGUAACUGGCACAUCAUCUGAAACAUCUACAAGCACGGCUCUGCCAGUGUCACAAACUUCAGUGCCACUGGUUACAUCCACACAGCCAACAACACAGACUAAAACAACUGCUGUCCCAGUCACUACCCUUGUGUACACAACAGUGAGCGCAGAAUCAUCCACUGGGUCUGAGGUUACCACUCAAGCCCUCCCAUCCACUACACUCAUCAUUGAGGAAGGAAGCACCACUGCCCGACCAUCUUCAGAAUCGUCGACUCCAAUCUUAGUCCCCACAACGUCAAAAUCAUCUACAGCUACUCAAACAACUGGACAGCUAACAACAACCGAGACUGUGACUGAAAAUGAACUGACCACAGCUCAGACACCUCUCUCCAGCACCACCAGGCCACCAAAAGUUGGUACGACUGCCCUAACAAACCAACCAACGACAACAGCAACAACCACUUUAGAAGAGGUAACUGGCACAUCAUCUGAAACAUCUACACGCACGGCUCUGCCAGUGUCACAAACUUCAGUGCCAGUGGUUACAUCCACACAGCCAACAACACAGACUAAAACAACUGCUGUCCCAGUCACUACCCUUGUGUACACAACAGUGAGCGCAGAAUCAUCCACUGGGUCUGAGGUUACCACUCAAGGUCCUUCCGCAACAACAAAACCACUCAAAGCUGAAACAACUCUUUCCACCACCACACAAGCCCUCCCAUCCACUACUCUCAUCAUUGAGGAAGGAAGCACCACUGCCCGACCAUCUUCAGAAUCAUCAGCUCCAAUCUUAGUCCCCACAACUUCAAAAUCAUCUACAGCUACUCAAACAACUGGACAGCCAACAACAACCGAGACUGUGACUGAAAAUGAACUGACCACAGCUCAGACACCUCUCUCCAGCACCACCAAGCCACCAAAAGUGGGUACGACUGCCCUAACAAACCAGCCAACGACUACAGCAACAACCACUUCAGAAGAAGUAACUGGUACAUCAUCUGAAACAUCUACAAGCACGGCUCUGCCAGUGUCACAAACUUCAGUGCCAGUGGUUACAUCCAAACAGCCAACAACACAGACUAAAACAACUGUUGUCCCAGUCACUACCCUUGUGUACACAACAGUGAGCGCAGAAUCAUCCACUGGGUCUGAGGUUACCACUCAAGGUCCUUCCGCAACAACAAAACCACUCAAAGCUGAAACAACUCUUUCCACCACCACACAAGCCCUCCCAUCCACUACUCUCAUCAUUGAGGAAGGAAGCACAACUGUCCGACCAUCUUCAGAAUCAUCAGCUCCAAUCUUAGUCCCCACAACUUCAAAAUCAUCUACACCUACUCAAACAACAGGACAGCCAACAACAACUGAGAUUGUAACUGAAAAUGAACUGACCACAGCUCAGACACCUCUCUCCAGCACCACCAGGCCACCAAAAGUGGGUACGACUGCCCUAACAAACCAACCAACGACAACAGCAACAACCACUUUAGAAGAGGUAACUGGCACAUCAUCUGAAACAUCUACAAGCACGGCUCUGCCAGUGUCACAAACUUCAGUGCCAGUGGUUACAUCCACACAGCCAACAACACAGACUAAAACAACUGCUGUCCCAGUCACUACCCUUGUGUACACAACAGUGAGCGCAGAAUCAUCCACUGGGUCUGAGGUUACCACUCAAGGUCCUUCCGCAACAACAAAACCACUCAAAGCUGAAACAACUCUUUCCACCACCACACAAGCCCUCCCAUCCACUACACUCAUCAUUGAGGAAGGAAGCACCACUGCCCGACCAUCUUCAGAAUCGUCGACUCCAAUCUUAGUCCCCACAACGUCAAAAUCAUCUACAGCUACUCAAACAACUGGACAGCCAACAACAACCGAGACUGUGACUGAAAAUGAACUGACCACAGCUCAGACACCUCUCUCCAGCACCACCAGGCCACCAAAAGUGGGUACGACUGCCCUAACAAACCAACCAACGACAACAGCAACAACCACUUUAGAAGAGGUAACUGGCACAUCAUCUGAAACAUCUACACGCACGGCUCUGCCAGUGUCACAAACUUCAGUGCCAGUGGUUACAUCCACACAGCCAACAACACAGACUAAAACAACUGCUGUCCCAGUCACUACCCUUGUGUACACAACAGUGAGCGCAGAAUCAUCCACUGGGUCUGAGGUUACCACUCAAGGUCCUUCGCAACAACAAAACCACUCAAAGCUGAAACAACUCUUUCCACCACCACACAAGCCCUCCCAUCCACUACUCAUCAUUGAGGAAGGAAGCACCACUGCCCGACCAUCUUCAGAAUCAUCGACUCCAAUCUUAGUCCCCACAACUUCAAAAUCAUCUACAGCUACUCAAACAACUGGACAGCCAACAACAACCGAGACUGUGACUGAAAAUGAACUGACCACAGCUCAGAUACCUCUCUCCAGCACCACCAGGCCACCAAAAGUGGGUACGACUGCCCUAACAAACCAACCAACGACAACAGCAACAACCACUUUAGAAGAGGUAACUGGCACAUCAUCUGAAACAUCUACAAGCACGGCUCUGCCAGUGUCACAAACUUCAGUGCCAGUGGUUACAUCCACACAGCCAACAACACAGACUAAAACAACUGCUGUCCCAGUCACUACCCUUGUGUACACAACAGUGAGCGCAGAAUCAUCCACUGGGUCUGAGGUUACCACUCAAGGUCCUUCCGCAACAACAAAACCACUCAAAGCUGAAACAACUCUUUCCACCACCACACAAGCCCUCCCAUCCACUACACUCAUCAUUGAGGAAGGAAGCACCACUGCCCGACCAUCUUCAGAAUCAUCGACUCCAAUCUUAGUCCCCACAACUUCAAAAUCAUCUACAGCUACUCAAACAACUGGACAGCCAACAACAACCGAGACUGUGACUGAAAAUGAACUGACCACAGCUCAGACACCUCUCUCCAGCACCACCAGGCCACCAAAAGUGGGUACGACUGCCCUAACAAACCAACCAACGACAACAGCAACAACCACUUUAGAAGAGGUAACUGGCACAUCAUCUGAAACAUCUACACGCACGGCUCUGCCAGUGUCACAAACUUCAGUGCCAGUGGUUACAUCCACACAGCCAACAACACAGACUAAAACAACUGCUGUCCCAGUCACUAUCCUUGUGUACACAACAGUGAGCGCAGAAUCAUCCACUGGGUCUGAGGUUACCACUCAAGGUCCUUCCGCAACAACAAAACCACUCAAAGCUGAAACAACUCUUUCCACCACCACACAAGCCCUCCCAUCCACUACUCUCAUCAUUGAGGAAGGAAGCACCACUGCUCGACCAUCUUCAGAAUCAUCAGCUCCAAUCUUAGUCCCCACAACUUCAAAAUCAUCUACAGCUACUCAAACAACUGGACAGCCAACAACAACCGAGACUGUGACUGAAAAUGAACUGACCACAGCUCAGACACCUCUCUCCAGCACCACCAGGCCACCAAAAGUGGGUACGACUGCCCUAACAAACCAACCAACGACAACAGCAACAACCACUUUAGAAGAGGUAACUGGCACAUCAUCUGAAACAUCUACACGCACGGCUCUGCCAGUGUCACAAACUUCAGUGCCAGUGGUUACAUCCACACAGCCAACAACACAGACUAAAACAACUGCUGUCCCAGUCACUAUCCUUGUGUACACAACAGUGAGCGCAGAAUCAUCCACUGGGUCUGAGGUUACCACUCAAGGUCCUUCCGCAACAACAAAACCACUCAAAGCUGAAACAACUCUUUCCACCACCACACAAGCCCUCCCAUCCACUACUCUCAUCAUUGAGGAAGGAAGCACAACUGUCCGACCAUCUUCAGAAUCAUCAGCUCCAAUCUUAGUCCCCACAACUUCAAAAUCAUCUACAGCUACUCAAACAACAGGACAGCCAACAACAACUGAGAUUGUAACUGAAAAUGAACUGACCACAGCUCAGACACCUCUCUCCAGCACCACCAGGCCACCAAAAGUGGGUACGACUGCCCUAACAAACCAACCAACGACAACAGCAACAACCACUUUAGAAGAGGUAACUGGCACAUCAUCUGAAACAUCUACAAGCACGGCUCUGCCAGUGUCACAAACUUCAGUGCCAGUGGUUACAUCCACACAGCCAACAACACAGACUAAAACAACUGCUGUCCCAGUCACUACCCUUGUGUACACAACAGUGAGCGCAGAAUCAUCCACUGCGUCUGAGGUUACCACUCAAGGUCCUUCCGCAACAACAAAACCACUCAAAGCUGAAACAACUCUUUUCACCACCACACAAGCCCUCCCAUCCACUACUCUCAUCAUUGAGGAAGGAAGCACCACUGCCCGACCAUCUACAGAAUCAUCGGCUCCAAUCUUAGUCCCCACAACUUCAAAAUCAUCUACAGCUACUCAAACAACUGGACAGCCAACAACAACCGAGACUGUGACUGAAAAUGAACUGACCACAGCUCAGACACCUCUCUCCAGCACCACCAGGCCACCAAAAGUGGGUACGACUGCCCUAACAAACCAACCAACGACAACAGCAACAACCACUUUAGAAGAGGUAACUGACACAUCAUCUGAAACAUCUACAAGCACGGCUCUGCCAGUGUCACAAACUUCAGUGCCAGUGGUUACAUCCACACAGCCAACAACACAGACUAAAACAACUGCUGUCCCAGUCACUACCCUUGUGUACACAACAGUGAGCGCAGAAUCAUCCACUGCGUCUGAGGUUACCACUCAAGGUCCUUCCGCAACAACAAAACCACUCAAAGCUGAAACAACUCUUUCCACCACCACACAAGCCCUCCCAUCCACUACUCUCAUCAUUGAGGAAGGAAGCACCACUGCCCGACCAUCUACAGAAUCAUCGGCUCCAAUUUUAGUCCCCACAACUUCAAAAUCAUCUACAGCUACUCAAACAACCGGACAGCCAAAAACAACCGAGACUGUGACUGAAAAUGAACUGACCACAGCUCAGACACCUCUCUCCAGCACCACCAGGCCACCAAAAGUGGGUACGACUGCCCUAACUAACCAACCAACAGCUACAACCACAACAACUUCAGAACUGGAAACAUCUUUCGAAACAUCUAAAACAGUGUAUACUUCAACGAUUUCACCAAUUUCCACUCAAUAUGUUUUCUCAUCCACAUCCAUGAAGACCUCAAUUAAUCCCAUUACACAAACAUUAACACCAUUUACUAAGAACGUUGCAGUGACCACAACAUCGACUUUAUUCUCAACCAGUUCUAUUGUUUGUUGUUUAGUCAAUGGAACACAUUUCCAAUCAGGUGAUACCAUUUACAAUGUUACUGAUGGUUUUGGUUGGUGCUUCACUGCAUACUGUAAUGCAACUUGCCAUAUUGUGAAGAUUUCAACAUCAUGUGAAACCUCUCCAUCACCAUCAAUUCCUCCUGAAACAACCACAUAUUCCAGUUCAACAGCCACAAGUUCCCCAGUAACAACUACAACCUAUGGGCCUAAGUGUGAUUCACUUGAUCUACCAAGACAGCCCGGUGAUACUUGGCAGACUGGAUGUCAAAUGUGUGAGUGUGACAGUGAAACACUGACGGUGCGUUGCCAGCCUGUAACUUGUCCCGUUUCACCACCUGGUAUUUGCGAUAAGCCUGGACAAGUACUUCUGAACACAACAAAAGACUGCUGUGAGAUCCAUGAGUGCAGUUGUGAUGUGAGCCUGUGCCCUAUUCCGACAAUACAGUGUCCACUGGGCUUUGUACCAUCCUUCAGAGUAUCUCCAGAUAACUGCUGUCCAGAUUAUAUUUGCUCACCCAUGGAGGUCUGUGUUCAAAAUACCACAGUGUAUCAGCCUGGCUCAUCUAUUCCAAGUGAUGACCCUUGUAUGCUUUGCCAGUGUGGUUGGAACAUAGAUCCUGAAACAAAACUUCUUGCUGCAGAGUGUAUGAUAGCUGACUGCAAUGAUAACUGUCCACAGGGUCACGAGUACCAACCCAUUCCUGGUCAGUGCUGUGGAGUGUGUGUUAGCACCGAUUGUGUGGUUAUGCACGACAACAUCACAGUUACCGUUUCGGUAGAUCAGAUAUGGCAACCGUCUGAUGACAAUUGUGUUAAAUACAAGUGUGAGAGAGUCAAUGGUACCUCAGUGACAGUUGAGAUUAAGACCACUUGCCCUGCCUUCAAUCCUGACCAUUGUAUCCCUGGAACGGAGACAACAGAUGCAGAUGGCUGCUGUCGAACCUGUACAUUGGACAACAAAUGUAAUGUCCAGAAGAACAGCACCUACUUGGUCAGUAAUGGCUGUAUAAGCAGCACGCCUGUGGAAACAACUUCUUGCUUAGGCUUGUGUGAAACCUCAUCAAUAUACUCUGCCGAAGCGAACGCUCUUGUGCACUCAUGCUCUUGCUGUCAAGAAAUAACAACCACCAAGAAGGAAGUGACCCUGGUUUGCCCGGACAAGUCAAACAUCAGCCACACUUACAUUUACAUAGAGUCUUGCGGCUGCAAGGCCUCCGAUUGCUCCGGUCAAUCAACUUCCUUGAGGCGACGCCGAAGGAGAUCGUGAACCUGAAUUCCCGUACAGGAGAGCGGAUUUAAAGGGAUCUUAUGCAAUAAAUCUGUACAUUUUAAUAGCACGAAAUGUUUGUGAUAAUAAUCUCUAUAGUGUCGUGAGAAUGACAGCUUUUUUGUUUCUUGUCUAGUAGCUCUUAAUAAACCAAU